UGGCUUUUGACUCUGCUCAAUUAUUUUUCUACCUUUUGAAUUGACCGCGUCUCUUUUCGUUCGCAUCGGACUUUUCAGGAGCUAAAUCACACAUCGAAAUGUUCAAAAAACCAUCAGCAGCACGGGGUGUCAGACAGACGUACGAGCAGCUGCUGAAUGCGAAUCUGCGCGAGCAUGUGCCAGCGUGGCUGCAUGCAAUGAGAAGCGUGCCGCCCUCGGACAGUCUGGUGCGCGACCCAACGCAGUUCUCCACAGGCGGAAAGCUUUCGUUCGAGACGACCGACGCAACGGUCAGCACUGACGCAAAGGCUGCCGCCGACGUGACGAAGAUCAGGCGCGCGCUGCCCGAGGGCUGCGUGUCGAUCCGCCACGGCAAGGCGCACCUGCGCACGCGCAGCACCAGGCCGCCAAAGAUCGAGUUCCCCGAGGACAGGUUGCGGCGCGUGUUCUACAAAAACCACCCGUUUGAGAAGUCAAGGCCGCGCAUUGUCAUGGAGCCGACUGGCAAGACCUGCCACGACUGGAGCCAGCUUUCGCACGGCUCGAGCCAGGUUACUGGAGAAAAUGUCGUUCGGUACCAGCACUUCCUGAUGCAGAGCGAGAACAUGAGCGAGCAGGAGGCGUACGCGCAGGCGACCAGCGAGUUCUAUAAGAUCCGCGCGCGCGAGGAGAUCGAGGCCAAGAUUGCUCGGCAGGAGGCAAGGUCCUACGGCGCCCGCAUGCUGGAGAAGCCGUUCAGCGCCAAGCAGCUGUCUGUCGAACACCGCGAGAUCCGCCGCAGCGCAAAGGCCUUCGAGCUGCGCCAAGAGGAGCAGCGCCUGCGCAAUGUGACGUCCGAGAAGAUGUUUGCCGCUGCCGGCGAGACAGCAUAGCGGACCCAGCGCGCGCAGCUGUAACGAACUGACUGAAAUUAUUCGCAUAUCGCAUGCGUUUUAUUGUUUGCAUGUUUGUCUGUCUGUCUGUCUGUCUGUCUGUCUGU